AUGUAUGAUAUAGAAGAUUUCACCAAGAAACACAUCGAAGGCGCCGAACGCUCUACCGGCAACACACAGAGCACAACCACUCGCAGGAACACUCGAACAAACAAUGAAAACGCGGGAGAGAAGAGUACGGCUAUAAAUAGCACAUCUAAAAAUAGAACUGCUUUCCCCACAGACACACCACCACCGCACGUGCUCAGUCGUAUAGACAGUGCCCACAAGCGAACGAGAGGGGGUGGUAGUGAACUCUCGACCGACAGCGACACAUACGGGGUAGAUACAGGACCGUCGGCAAGGGCAACUAAACGUAAACGCCUACAAGCGACCGGCAGUGUGGCAAAGGAUGGUGAGAAGGUGCAAGAAACGGAUACGCAGAGUGCAUGGCUGCGUGUGAGUAACAUACCGAAGUAUUGUACGUUGGAACAGCUCAAGUACUGCUUUCGCAAGGCAGAUGUAAGCAAGCCUAUGUUUGUGUCCGCUGACAGGACAAAUGAGGGCGUGGGUAGAGUGCUCAUUGGGCCGAGGUUCGGUGGUGUGUCUGCGGCCCUGGAACGAUACGACGGGCAGGAGCUAUUGGGUCAAACGAUAAACGUUCGGCUGGAGACUCAGGCUGAGACUGCUGAAUAUUCCACCGACCCCAAAGUCACACGGGCAAGCACACGCGUACGCAAGACCUCUACCCAAACAGCGCAACCGACCAACAACAAAUUGAAGACAAUUAACCAGGAGCGGAAGAACACCCCCAGCAAAGCCAGGGGUAGGGCAAAUAUCCAGGACAAGGAUAAGAUUGAGAGCCGUAGGGGUAGGGCAAAUAUCCAGGACAAGGAUAAGAUUGAGAGCCGUACUACAAAACCGUCAAUUACAACCGAAGCGAAUACGCCGACACGUGUUGAGGGGAAAUGGGGCGGAGCAACUGAACAAGCGGCGGCAAAGGCACUGAUCAAAGCGAUCUGGGAACUCAUUCCUCUGGCGCUGAAAUAUAUUUUUAUCUUGGAGUACGGAGUAGAUCUGUGGCAAGAGGUGGUGUAUGGUAAGCAUAUGUUGCAGUGGACAGAGAAGACCACGAUGAGGAUUCUGAGUAGACAAAGGCAAUGUCUCAACGAGUAUUGGCCAAAGGCGGUCAUAGACGAAUGCAUACCAAAACUUAUACAUGUCAAAGAGUCCCGGGUCAGGACUAUCCCGGACGAGAAUGUGAUCCAGCUAAUAAGGAAUGUGACGCUGUUAUGCCAGUAUGUCACCACGCGCUUACCCGAAGAUCGGGCUCGAGAGAUCGGCAAGAUGAGGGAUCAGAUAUUACGGGAUGUAGGUAAGUUGAGAGAGAUGGCAGCGGAGAGUAGGACAGAAACCGCCCUGACCAGUCCAAAAAAAGGGACUAGGUGCGUGGGUGGUGGCGCAAGCGUGGUUGUGAGUGCUGGUACAGAUAGUAUGGGAAGGAGUACUGUGCGCACACAAGAGAGGAGAAAGGAUGGUGACACAGAUAAGACAAGUACGGGGGGCGUGGAUGGGAAUGACAUGUAUAGGAAUGGGGGCGUGGAUGGUAAUGAUAUGUAUAGGAAUGGGGGUGUGGAUGGGAUUGAUAUGAAUAGUAAUGGGGGUGUGUAUGGGGAUGAAGAAACACGUGCAAUGGCACCAGAGCACACACACACAGGUGCCAGGACAGGGUAUGGGGAAGACAGGGAUAGUCCAAGUAGGACCACUGACUAUGGGAGUGCUAGGGCAGAUGGUGGGUUGUUCGCAGGCGCAAGCACAGGAGAGGUUGGUGGCGAUAGGAAGAGGAGUAGGGGUGUAGGGGCAAGUAUGUUGGUGUCCAAUUUGCAGGAGUUCAGGACACGCACCCGCGCGGGUGGUUUAGGACCGGUUGACCCAGCGCAACUGUCACCUGAGUACUACCUAGGCGGGGCAAAAGAGACCCAGGCGGCUCUAGCCCCGUUUAUUCGGGGUAUGUUACUGUGUAUACACACGGCAGCGAUGUCAUAA